ACUCCCCAUCCCGCCUGGGGGUGGGGGCGAACAUGGCCUGGGGAGAGGAGUGCACCUGGGGGCAGCCCUGAGCUGCGGGAGCCGCCACCACCGCAGACUGUGGUCGGGCCAGUUCCGUGGAUCCUCUCCGUGACGCGCGGAGGUACUGCGUCCAGUCCUGGGGCUCCCACUGAGAGGAGGGGAGGGCCCUCGGGCAGGGCAGGGCACGGGGGCUGGAGGAGGAUGUGGCCCAUGGCCUCGCUUCUGGCUUCUGCUCCCUGCUGAAGGGGCUGGGAGGUUCGGGGGACGUGGUGGAGCUGGACCGGGGAAUCCCCAACGCGGAGCUUCGUCCCAAGCGCUCCCCCCACCCCGCAGCCAUGGAGUCCCCCACCAAGGAGAUCGAAGAAUUUGAGAGCAACUCCCUGAAAUACCUCCAACCUGAACAGAUCGAGAAAAUCUGGCUCCGGCUCCGCGGGCUGAGAAAAUAUAAGAAAACAUCCCAGAGGUUACGAUCUUUGGUGAAGCAGCUAGAAAGAGGAGAGGCUUCUGUAGUGGACCUCAAGAAGAAUUUGGAACAUGCAGCAUCGGUCCUGGAAUCUGUCUACAUCGAUGAAACAAGGCGACUCCUUGACACAGAAGAUGAGCUCAGUGACAUCCAGUCAGAUGCCGUGCCUUCUGAGGUUCGGGACUGGCUGGCCUCCACCUUUACCAGGCAGAUGGGGAUGAUGCUGAGAAGGAGCGAGGAGAAGCCCCGAUUCAAAAGUAUCGUUCAUGCUGUGCAGGCUGGGAUCUUUGUGGAGAGAAUGUACAGACGGACAUCAAACAUGGUUGGACUAAGCUACCCACCAGCUGUGAUUGAAGCACUAAAGGAUGUGGACAAGUGGUCCUUUGAUGUCUUCACACUGAAUGAUGCCAGUGGAGAUCACGCCUUGAAAUUCAUUUUCUAUGAACUACUCACCCGCUAUGAUCUGAUCAGCCGCUUCAAGAUUCCCAUCUCUGCUCUUGUCUCAUUUGUGGAAGCACUGGAGGUGGGCUACAGCAAACACAAGAACCCCUACCACAACCUGAUGCAUGCAGCAGAUGUCACUCAGACAGUCCACUACCUCCUCUACAAGACAGGAGUUGCGAACUGGCUGACGGAGCUCGAGAUCUUUGCCAUCAUCUUCUCAGCAGCCAUCCAUGAUUACGAGCACACUGGAACCACUAACAACUUCCACAUUCAGACUCGCUCAGAUCCGGCCAUUCUGUACAAUGACCGAUCCGUACUAGAGAAUCACCACAUCAGUGCAGCCUAUCGACUUCUGCAGGAAGACGAGGAAAUGAAUAUUUUGUCCAACCUUUCGAAGGACGACUGGAGGGAAUUCCGGACCUUGGUGAUUGAGAUGGUGAUGGCCACAGAUAUGUCCUGUCAUUUCCAACAAAUCAAGGCCAUGAAGACUGCAUUGCAACAACCAGAAGCAAUUGACAAGCCGAAAGCCUUAUCUUUGAUGCUUCACACAGCUGAUAUCAGCCACCCAGCUAAAGCCUGGGAUCUCCAUCAUCGCUGGACCAUGUCACUGCUGGAAGAAUUCUUUAGACAGGGUGACAGGGAAGCUGAGCUCGGCCUUCCUUUCUCACCUCUGUGUGACCGCAAGUCGACCAUGGUGGCUCAGUCUCAAGUAGGUUUCAUUGACUUUAUCGUGGAGCCCACCUUCACUGUGUUGACUGACAUGACUGAAAAGAUUGUAUCUCCACUUAUUGAUGAACCUUCCCAACCUGGCGGGACUGGGCACAGGCGCUCAAGCUUGAAUAGCAUCAGCCCGUUAGAUGCAAAGCGAUCAAGCGUCCGGAGCACUGGGUCCGAAGGAAGUGCCUCGAUCAAUAAUUCCGUCCUCACUGUGGACUAUAAAAGUUUUAAAGCCACUUGGACCGAGGUGGUGCACAUUAACAGGGAGAGAUGGAGGGCCAAAAUUCCAAAAGAAGAGAAAGCCAAGCGGGAAGCCGAGGAGAAAGCCAAGCAGGAGGCCGAGGAGAAGAAAAAGCAAAUGGAAGCCAAAAGUCAGGCUGAAGAAGGUGCAUCAGGCAAGCCUGAGAAGAAAAAGUCUGGAGAAGGGAAGAGUCAAGUGAAUGGAGGGCGAGCCAACAAAAGCGAAAACCCUCAUGGGAAACAUCCAUCUAAAGCAGACAAAUCUGGAGACAAUAAACAGGCUCAUGCGGGUGAUGAGAAAAACAAGACAGACAAGAAGGAUCAGUCCAACGUUGGCAAUGAUUCCAAGAAAACAGACGAUCCAGAAGAAUAACAGUACACACACACACACACAAACACAAAGAACCUGCAAAUUUCUUUCAUCAUUUUAGCUGAGCUUCUUCCUCCUUCUCCCUCUUCUUCUGCAAAGACCAGUUUCUGGGGGGAGGCUUACAAGUUUCCAAAAAUAACCCCCACCCCCAACUUGGCUGCCUCUCCCACGUCCCCCCACCUCCGCCUUCUCUCAUGGGCUGCUGCACAGGAGACGACUCUUUGGGGCUUGGUUUGAAGUUGUGCUCUAGGCAGAGGGGGUUUUCUACUGAAAAACCAACUUGAGAUUUGCACAAACACAUCACUGUAUGAAAGGCCUGCCUCAGCCCCACUGGUAACGUCCUGGCUCCUAAGGCACUUGUCAGACAGGAUGGAGAUGGAGAAAGGAGGCUUGGGGAGAAAGGCUUGGAAACCUACCCCACUGCUGCCAUCACCAGUGUUCCCAUUUGGAAAUAUGGUUUUCCCGCUUUUUUUCCUUUUUUUUGGCUGCUGAUGUUGGAGACAGAUUUUGGUUUUGAUGGAAGUUCAAAGGCUUUUCUCAUUUCUUCUGAUCUCCUCGCUGUCUGGGUUUUUGCUGGAUCUGGAGAUAUUCAUCCUCUGUCCUAUUCUCACUUUAGGACAUGCUAAACUGCAGCUGUGGGCGUCUCUACGUUCUCUGAUAUGAUGGAUUUGUAAAUGGAUAUUUAUCCUACAGGAACAUUUCAUUCAAACCUCAUCUGACUUUUCUUUGUGCAUUUAUUAAAGUAAACCUAAAGGAAGGUGCCUACUCUCCCUACUGUAGGAGAGGAUGCUCUGAGGAGUAUCCCUAUAGUUGGGGGGUGAUGAGCAGAGACCUGAACAUUUCCUCUAUGAGGUCUUCCAUCAUUAGGGCUUUGUGUCUAUGAGUUUCCAUUGUGAGUGACCCAUGGCUCACCCCCUUGUCUCCUCUGGUAAAUGCCAAGAGAUGAGGGGCAGGGAAUCAUGCCAGUUAGUUAUUUUCAUCUCAAUGGGAUUUAUUUUUUCUUGACAAGAUAGAAGCUUAUUGACAGAGUUGAUAAAAAAGACAGGUUCAGGCAAAACCUGAAGAGGGAAUGAAAAUUACUUAAUCUGACUUCUAGAAGAGAAUGAGGAACAACCAAGGGGCAGCCAUUGAAUGUGCUGUAGUGGUUCCUCACACUGUCAGGAGAAAGAAAGAAAAGAAGGCGUCUAACCCUUUGAGUGCCCCCAACGUCCCCAUGCUGAAUUUAUAGGGAAUACAGAUGUGUUGCACAGGCAUGGGUCAGUUUCAGUCUGUAUUAAAGACGGGAAUAGUCCCAUUGAUGAGGGAACCAAUCCACUCUUGUUUUCCAGUAGAGCCUGAAUGCCCAAUCAAUGGAAAAAAGUACCCACUAUGUGCCAGUCACUCUAUUAAGCCCUAGAUAUACAAAGAAAAAUUCAAAGCAGUUUCUAACCUCAAGGAGAUAACACUCUAAUGAAGGAGACAACAUGUGUGUAUGCAGAACAGAAUGACAGAGUAGUGGCUAGUUGGGUGCUGUGAUUUUGAGAUUUCCCUUAUAUGAAUCUCAAAGUCUAGUUUAGGGGCUCAUGAUAGCCUUUGGCCACAAUCCAAAUCAUUGGGAUUACAGAUAAUCUUCCCACGAUAGAGUAAAAUUUACAAUUAAAAGAACAAAAUGGCUGUUUCCAUAUGGUAUCAAAAUAAUAAACCUUCCCUCUGAAGAGAGUUAUGCAAGAUUCUUUUUUUACUUUCUGUUUAGUGGGAAGAGCACAAGGAAGUGGUCUACAAGACCAUUUGCUCUAUUCAAACCGUGCACAUGUAGAAAAAUGUGAGCCUCUCUGGUGUAGACAGCAGGCAUAUACUGAUCACCAUUUGACUACCUAGUUAUUUGACUCAAUUCAACAAGCACUUAGUAAGAGCCUGUUAUAUGUCAGGUCCUGGGAUAUACAGAUUCUGGGGCUGCAGAGAUGAAAAGAAACAAGUUCCUGCCCUCUAUGAGCUUUCUAUCUAUUUAUAUUCAUAAUUAAGUUAAUUUUGAUCACUCCAUUUCUGUGUUUAGUAGCUCUAUCUGCUUUCAGGACAGACCAUAUGUUCCUAGUAGAGGCCAUGGUCAUUGUAUAUCUUUGGAAGUUGUCUGUCUCUUUAAGUUCCUAGGACUGAGCCCAACCUAGUAUGUGUCAACUUUUGGUCUCAUGAAAUGCAAUGGCGGCCUUGUUCCUUCUCCACAUCCUCGCACACAGAGCCUUACAAACCAGCCAGCAUCAACUCUCCUGGGCUCUUAUUUUUAAAAGCAAGCAAAUGUUGUUUGUGAAACAAUAUUGGAGAAAACUGUAGGAAAUAUAGCCAUUUUCUUCCUAGAUUAUCAAUCACCCUCCAGGAGUAAUAAAGGUGCUGAUGCUUUUGGCUAUUUUACUCGUGCAAUGUUUCCAAUUGGGGAAAAGAAUGUGAAAGGGUGUCCAGCCAUCCCUGCUGUUUGCACUUGGAAUCUCCCAAGGACAUUGUGAGAAAACACACAAAAAAAUUCAUAUGACCUUUGUGUGUAUGCCUUUUACAUGUACUUUAGUGAGACUCUACUAAAGAUCGAUUUUUUAGAAACCUACUUCAUUGCCUGAUGUAUGUUUUUCAGAGAUGAUAGGGUCAUAAAUUAAAAACUGGAAGGGAUCUCAGAGGUAAUUUUGGCUAACCCCCUCAUUUAACACAACAGGAAACCAAGGACCAGGGAAACAAGGUGACUUCCCUCAGGUCACACAGUAAGUAACAGAGAUGGAAUUUGAACCUAGGGCUUCCACCUCCAAAUGGGACCCUCUUUCUACAACUCCAUGUUGCCUCUUGCUUUUGCGAUUAAACAGAAUUUUUUUGGUCUUGA